AUGAGUGCGGAGACAAUUAGCUCGCUUUGCGAGCUAUUUCUCGACAGGUUGAGAGACAAUUCAUCGUGGAACCAUCAUCGGCGUCGAUUCCUCUCCAACGGCACGGCGCAAGAGGUGUUUCGGAACAACCAACGUGACCUGCGGAAGUUGCUGGCAGAGAUACUCCACAUAUCGCAAAAUGACACUAUAAUACUACCUAGAAUCCUCGAAAGCACCCUGGCCACGCUCAGCAAUGUCCUUGCAAUUCUAAUAUGGAUUCGAGCUCCACUCGAGGUCCUGGGACGCUUUCGGGAACUUUUGCCCGAAUCCAGAACCAUUGACUUUGAUCCCCGCGACAUAAUCACGGACGGGAACCUUCCAAUAUCGAGAGAAACUGCGUCGCGUCUAUUUCCUCAUCCCAGUCGCAAUGUUUCGGGGGAAUUCUACGAGAACCAAUUCCGCUUCUACCCUGAGAAUAGUAUUGGCGAAGGCUCCUUCGGUCGGGUGUGGAAGGUCCGGAUUGAAAAAGGGCAUGUGAAAUCACAUAAUGGAGAGAAUACCAAUGCUGAAAGGUUGACGUAUGCACGGAAGGAUUUCGAAUUGAACAGGGAGCAAGCAUUUCGUGAAGAAACAAAUGUGCUACAACGGAUCAUGGAGUCACCGCGACGACAUGUGAAUGUCGUGGUCGCACUUGCCAGUCUUCAUUACGGCAGUACGUACAGUUUAUUCUUUCCGCUUGCCUCGUGCAACCUCUGGGAAUACUUAAUUGGCGAAAAUGUUCCUGUUUCUAAACCCACGAGCCUGGAAGACAAGAGCGCCAUCUUUUAUCGAGGCGCCACGCUGGCAGGGGCAUUGGCAUUCCUCCACCAUGAAUUCCAAAGUACAAAUUUGGAACGUCUAGCAUGCUACCACAUGGAUUUGAAGCCGCACAAUAUUCUAGUUUUCGACAUUAAUACCCCACAAGAGAAAUGGAAGAUAUCCGAUUUUGGGCUGUCUAGAGUCAGAGGCCGGGGCGGUGUUGAUAACGCCCAAUACAUCGAUCUUUCUACUCCUUUCUUACGUUCAACACAGCUGACUCGACCGACUCGAGAUCCAUCUACGGCUCCCCGUCGUGGAGAAGGGACGUAUCUCGCACCGGAAUGUGCUGCUUCCGAUGGACGAGUAAGUUCAUCAAGCGAUGUUUGGUCCUUUGGGUGCAUCUUCAGCCUUGUCAUGUCAUUCUUGGAUUCGGGGACACAAGGUGUCGAGGAGUUUAGGCAGCUUCGUCGCAAACAAGAAGCCGGCGAUUUCUUCUACGUCACCCGGCACGGCAAGCCUAUGAUCUCUCCCUUUGUGACAGCCUGGUUCCAAACGCUGAAAGAUAGAUCCCGUUCAGGAGGCAGAAGUGCAGAACACGCUGUUGUGUGCCAGACUUUGGAGUUCUUGCAGAAUAAAGUGUUACUUCCACAACCCCGUGGCAGAGUGAGCGCUUUAGAAGUAGAAAUUACCUUGGAAUGGAUUGGCAAAUUAUUCUUCCGCCGACCAACUGCUCCACGUCGACCAAGUCUCAUAGCACGAUUCAAGGAUGCGAAGGAUUCACUCUUUUCGCACUCAUCAGUAAUUCCGCCAUUGCAGCCGCUCCCAGUGAGUAAAGGCAUGCUCGGGAGCAUGUUUUCGCCGAAUGGUGAACUUCUGUUAUACUACUCACGACUGAAAAUGGAGGUCUUCGUGGUUGAUCAGAUAAGGGAAGCCGGAAGACAUGGAGAAUGUAGUCCGGAUCCUCUUUCCAUUCCCACGCAAAAGAGAGAGUGGGAGCACUUUGCUAUCAGCUCCAACUAUAUCUGUGCCAGUGUACGGGCUAGUAGCUAUCAGAAUUCCGAGUUCUACAUCUAUCCUGUAUCAGCCCUGACCAUAGGAGACGCCGAAAGCUCUCCACAGGGAACGAAGGUUAUUUAUCCCAGCCCUGGAUCCAUCGAGAAGAUUGCAAUGACCCAUGACGGUAACCUUACUGCCUUCAUCCUCACAAACUUUACUGGAAGGAAUUCUGAGGCUAUAAUUUAUCUCUUUUAUACGCAAGAUUUACUUGGUGCUGGAAGUGAACUGUCUCCGUCCCUGCCUGGGAGUCGAACAAAUUCUAGCGCGUCAAGUGUAACCUCGGAGAGUAUUUUUACCAGUGCGAAUCGCAUUAAUAGGGAUGCGCGUAUUGGCUUAGUUGAGCGUAUUCGGUCUUUAACCUUCUCCGGUGACGGGCGGUACUUAGUUCUGGUCGCUCAAUCCCAGCAAGGACAGUUACUCGUCAGGGCGUGGGAAACAUACACUGGCACUCCAUGUGCGGAGCUUCCUAUAUCUCAUCCGGGAUUGGCCAACUUAGGCCAUGCAACCUUCACCGCGUGCUCUGUCUUUAAUAAGGGGCCAAAUCUAGCGCUAGUAUUGCAGCGUAGGCAAAUGACCUAUCUCAACCUCUGGGAGCGAACGGCCCUUAAGCAAAAAAUGGAAUACGAAAUGCUCGUCGUUUUUGUACAAGAUGAUGAUCAAGGUCUAGUCUUCCUUGGGAAUAAUGGCAUUGACCGCGUUCUACGAGUGUUCGCACUGCCCAUUUUUGACAGAGAUGAGCUGCAAAAGCCAACUGAGGUAGCAAAGAUCGGCCUCUCUAAAUACGAGUCAUCCACAGAUAGUGCUGUUCUGGCACCCCGAAAUAUGAAUAAUCAAAGGGUGUUGCUCAUAGCCACAGUUGACGGCUCCUUCGUCGCCGUCUCCCUUCCAGCCAGUGGCCCAGUCAUAUAA